CUUCCUCCUCUUCCUCCUGUUUGCUUGCGCUCUUUGUCAGCUCCGUCCGCGCACUUGUGACGAUGGAGACGACAGCGAAAGCAGCUGAGCUGUUGAUGUCCCCCCAGCAUGACGAUAUCACAGAAGUCGCCACCCCCUGCGACCCCAUGGAGGAGUUCCGCAGGCGACUGCAAGAGAUCAUCAGUGCCAACGCUCAGGCUGACGAGGAGCCACACAAUGACGACAGCGUGAAUGUGGAAUCAGAGUAUUCUCGGUUGGCGACCAGUCUGAGUGAGGGGGCGUGGUCUCCUGAGGACAAACUAGAACACUUGAUGAGGAAACACGCUGAGCUGUUGUUGUGUAGGCGUGGCGAUGAGAAAGAGCUUGAGGUGCUACGUUACAACGUUAGCGUCCUGCAGGGCGAGCGACGGCAGCUGGAGAGAUUGUGCACGGAAGUGCAACAUUACUACAACACACUCAGGGAGGAGGCGCUGGUGCGCUGCAAGGAGGAUGAGGAGAAGAGGAAGGAGAUGACGAGUCACUUCCAGAAGGUUCUGAGUGAGAUCCAGAUGCAGAUCGAGCAGCACAGCGCUCGCAACGCCAAACUGUGCGGAGAGAACGCCAACCUCAGCGACAAACUACACAAACUGCUGGAGCAGUGCGAGCGCAGGGACGAGAGUCUGCAGAAGAUCAACCGCCAUCGUGACCUCCAGCAGCAGCUGACGGAAGCCAAGCUGGAGCAGGCCAACGCGCUGCUGGCCGAGGCUCAAGAGAAACACCAGCGGGAGAAGGAAUACCUGCUUAGCGAGGCUGUAGACAAAACCAGGAAGUGCUUCGCUAUGAAGGAGCAGGAGCUGACCAUGAAGAAGAAGUUGGCCCUCUACUCCAAAAAGUUUGACGAGUUCCAGACCACGUUGGCGAAGAGCAACGAGAUCUAUGCUCGCUUCAAGCAGGAGAUGGACAACAUGUCUGAGAAGAUGAAGAAGAUGGAGAAAGAGUCCAACGUGUGGAAGUUGAGGUUUGAGAACUGCAACAAGGCUCUGACGGACCUGAUUGAAGAGAGAAGCGAGAAGGGGAAAGAGUACGACGUAUUCGUCCUGAAGAUACACAAGUUGGAGAAGUUGUGUCGUGCUCUUCAGGAGGAGAGGAAAGUUCUCUACGCUAAGAUCAAAGAGGUCCGCCAAGCUAACAACGACCUCUCCUCAAAUGUCAUGACCGCGUGCGACCUGGACGGAACCGGACCCGCCGCGGUGACACCCGAGGUGGAACUGACAGAGGACAUGGAGCGUCUGAGAACGGAGCAAGCCAAGCUGCAGGAAUUUGCCGACGCCUUGAUGGUGUCCCACAGCGCCGACCGAGAGGACGAAGACGACAAUUUGGACCUGGACCAAGACAUUGUAGCCUCCGCCUUCACCCACUUCAGUAGCAAAAGUCACCACCAAGAUGAUGAACACACGUCUGAAGAGACACAACCAGAACCAGCAGUACAAUCAGAACCAAAACUACAAUCACAAACAAAACCAGAACCAGAAGUACAAACAGAAGCAAAACCAGAACCAGAAACAAAACCAGAACCAGAAGUACAAUCAGAAGCAGAACCACAAGUAGAAACAAAACCAGAACCAGAAGCAAUACCAGAACCAGAAGUACAACCACAACCUGAAGCAGAAUCAAAUACAGAAGCAAAACCAGAACCAGAAGUAGAACCACAACCUGAAGCAGAAUCAAAUACAGAACCAGGACCAGCGGAGGUCCUCAAUGAAGCUCCUGAGGUCAAAGAGGUGUCUUUGACUGAUGACCUCAAGCAGCCGCCAGAAACUGAGGCCCCGCCCACCUCUGUAGCCACACCCCCUGCAGCCGGCCCCUCCAAGAAGAAGAAGAAGAAGACUGGCAGGAACCUUUAAACGCGUGCGUGUGUUGUUGCUGCAAUGUGUGCAAGCGUACACUAGAGGUCAGUGUCUUCUUGCAGAGCACAGUGGAUGCAGUUCGUCACUUAUACACUAGAGGGAGACAACAUUCAUUUGAAGUGAACAACGUUUAGUUUCCUAAAAAGAAUUUGAAAAAAUUAAAACUUGAUUCUUUCACUUUUAAUUUGGAGUGACGUGACAACUUAAUUACAACAUCAAACACACAGGGGGCGCUAGCACACCACACUAGACCUGCCUUGUCAGCAAAAACUCAUUGCUAGAAUAAUAAUAAUAUCAAUAUAUGCAUUAUAUUAAUUAUUUUAUUAUUAAUGAUUGUUAAUUUAUUGAAUGGGGGCUGGACAGGACUUCACCUAGAAGUGAAUGAAGUCAACAAAAAAAGAUGUAGUGUGCUGACGAGAAGGCCUUUAUGAACGAUCAACACCACCAAGAAGAUCAAGAAGGUCAGUUUGUGCAGCGGAACAGGUCAGAGGUCGUCAUCAUGCUAGAAUGUGGCGUGCUGCGGCGGGAGUGACAAGGUAAACGAUGCCUAUCCUCUCACAGCCGCCAUUAAGCUUAAAAUGGCGCCAUUACGUGCGCGUGGGGUGCACGUGGACACGCUGCAGCAGUAAAGUGCUGAGUCAGCACACACACACACACAAAGCUGAAAGAAGUGAGGUGAACAUUUAGAUUGUGGUACUUUUGGGUUUAUUUUUAUCCUUCAACAUGCUGCACACAAACACACACAGACACACACGAUGUUGAUGACGUCCAUAAAGAUGAGUCCCAUUGAAAUGAUUUGCUUUGGCCGAUCAGUCAGCCGCUUAGCGCCCUCCAGUGGCUCAACUUUGUCAUUUCAUUUUUUUUGGCCAAUCAUCAUAAAGUGUCCCA